AUGUUUCUGCUUCAGGUGUGUGUGAAAACCUGCCCAACAGAGAACCAUGUCUACCUGCAGGGCAACAGGUCCCGACUGAUUUGCAAGUAUGGAGUUGAACCAACUGUUUCACCCUACAAGGAGAUGGAUAUUGAACAGCUUGUCAAGAAAAACUUGUGUGCUGCAUAUCAGCUGAGCUCAAAGCCAAUUAUCGGGCGCUGCUUCCCAAGCAUAUUUGCCGAUGCCCUGGACUCGUCCAAAGCUCUGACUGAUUCAUCGGGACAGUUCACCUUGCAACGAGCCAACGGAGAGAACAUAACUGGCGGGCUGAUUCAGAAUGGCACUCUCAACCUGGCUCAGUUUUACAAGUUUAAGGGCACACUGGAGCUUUUAUUCAAGGAUGUAUUGAACUCAGCUCAUCUUAUUGCUAUCUGUAUUGGCAUCGCCAUGGCAAUAGCUAUGUUGUGGAUUGUACUGCUUCGCUGGAUCACCAAAGUGAUGGUCUGGCUGACUAUUGUCCUUUUUGUGGCUCUGUUUGGCUUUGGCACAUACUACAGUUAUUCCAAAUACUAUGAGCUUAAGAACAUGAAUCUCACCUCAGAGUACGGCUUGCCCGAGGAGUUCAAGUUCAAUUUUCAGUACUUUCUUUCGCUGAAAUCCACCUGGCUGGCAUUUGGUUGUACUGGAGCAACCAUUUUGACCAUCUUCCUGAUUGUCAUCAUCUUCCUAGCUAUCGGCCACAUGUGGUGUGUCCUUUUCUGGCCUCUGAUCCCAUUCGUGGUGCAGUUUCUUCUAAUCGCCUACUGGAUCAGUACUAUGGUCUAUCUGUCUUCAAUGGGAGAGCCUGAGUUCUACAACACAACCAAUGAUGUCAAUGCUUUAUUACAAAGAUUUCCUUGUGAUACUAAU